AUUUUUCCCUCAGAGGGAAAACUUCAUUGAGUGAGAAAGGUCACAUACAGCACAAGAGUGUUUGUAACUGACGUGACAGUGUAGGCCGCAACUAAGGAGAAGCCUGAGGAACACUGGCCCACGAGACAAAAUGGCUGCCGAUCAGGGAAUCCUGUCAAACUUUGGUCUCCAUUUCCAAGCAGAUGUAGAACCCUGGAGGCCUCCCAGGAUGAAAACAGAGGAACAAGAUCCAGAAAGUUCUAAAGAAGCAGAGGAAUUAGAGAGGAAAAGGAAAGCUCCUCUGGUCAUCCAAGCUGGGAGUAUCAAGGAAUUCCUGAAAAGGAAACCAGGUCAACAGGCUAGGAAGGAAUCGAGUGAGGCACUCCUACAACACUGGGAAACCCAGUGGCAAGAGUUUCUGAAGACAGUAGAGUCCCCUCACGCAGGCUGGGGGAUCCCACAAUUGUUGGUAGAGCCCACACCAUGGGACGACACUAAAGGGUUCCUGGCCUCCUUUGAGCAAGUGGCCGAAGCCUGUCAGUGGCCCAAAGAAGUGUGGGCAACCCGACUCCUGCCGGCCCUCAGCGGAGAAGCUGAACAGGCCUUUAGAAGGCUGGAUCCAAGAGACAGGGAGGAUUAUGGAAAGGUGAAGGGGACCAUUUUGCAAUGGGAUGCCCUUACCAGGGAAAGGAAACGCCAGCAGUUCAGGCGCUUCUGCUACCAGGAAGCUGAGGGGCCAAGGGCAGUUUAUAGCCAGCUCCGGGAACUUUGCCAUGGAUGGCUGAAGGCUGAGAAACAAACCAAGGAGCAAAUCUUGGAGCUGCUUAUUCUGGAGCAAUUCUUGACUGUCCUGCCCCCGGAAAUGCAGAGCUGGGUCAGGGAAAGUGGCCCAGAGACAUGUUCCCAGGCAGUGGCCCUGGCAGAAGGUUUUCUACUGAGUCAGCAAGCGAUUGAGAGGAAGGAAGAGCAGGUGCCAGCACCAUUUGAAGAAAAGCCUGGGACUUUUUGUGAGGCAAAGAAGAUGAUAUCAGACCUUACGCCACGGCAGGUGUCCAGGGAAGGUGACAGUGGAGGCAUGAGACCUCUGGCUGAAGGAUUGCUCAGUACAAGCAAGGAGGAGAAGCGCCUGCCCAAAAGCCCUGAUCCAGAGGAGCCCAUCGUGAUUUCAGAAUGGAGGGCCAAGCAGACCCUUCCCCUGUGUCCUGAGAAGGAAGGAGAGCCUCUGAUUCCGCGCGGCCCCAAGAGACAGCAAAGAAGCCACCCCGGGGAGGAAGGGAGGAAGCCUGUUCCCUUCCAGAGCCCACUCCUCAGCAAGGCCUUUGUGCAACAGCAGAGCUACACGAGGAAAGCGGAUGCUGCUUGUAACAUAAUAGUCCAAGGCUUUGCGCAGAGGCCGAGCUUUGUGGGUUGCCCCGACUGCGGGAAAGGCUUCAUCGACAACGCCACCCUCGCUCGGCACCGGAGAAUCCACACCGGAGAGAAGCCCUAUCAGUGCUCAGAAUGCGAGAAGAGCUUCAGCCAGAAUGCCACUCUCAAGGCACAUCAGAAAACCCACUUGGGGGCAAAAGCGUUCCAGAGCUCGCCGCUCACCAAAAACCCGAGGGUCCACGCGGGGAGCAACCUGCCGGCCGGCUCAGCCAGCGGGGUCGCCUUUGGUGCUGGCCCCAGCCUCGUCGGACGUCGGAAGACUCACACGGGGCCAAAGCUGUUUGAAUGUUCAAACUGUGGGAAAGGGUUCAGCCGGAUCGCCCACCUCAUUUCGCACGAGAGAAUCCACACAGGAGUGAAGCCCUUCGAGUGCUCGGACUGCGGGAAAAGCUUCAGCGACAAAUCGAACUUCAACAGGCAUUACAGACUCCAUAUGAGAGAUAAACAACAGUCCUCCAGUUAGAGCUUUUGUUGUGCACAAAGGACUUCCUGCUCCUGUAGCUGUUUGCUUGCCAGUUAAGAUUAACACUUGCUUUUCUGAGUAUUCCUACCUUCUGGUGGGUCAAGAUAAAGGCAGGGCUUUUUCAGUGGUGGCACCUCAGUUUUAAAGCGACCUCCCAGCUGUCCCCCCCAGUGUCCAAUCUUUCAGACACUAGGUGUAAACAUUUGUAUUAGUGUUGUAGACAGCCUUUGCUGAGGUUCUUUUUAGGGCAGAAGCUGUUUCUUGGUCCUUUUUUUAUCACGUAGCUUAUUCUCUGCUGCUUUAGCCUCUUCUAAUUUCACGCCGCUUUUUAUCUGCU